ACCGGGCUGGUUGUGGGGACACGGGACACCGGGCUGGCUGUGGGGACACGGGGCAGGCACCGGGCUGGCUGUGGGGACACGGGACACCGAGUGUGGGGACACAGGGGCACGCGGAGGGCUGCGGAGGCGAGCCCCGGCACACGGAGCCCGGGGCCCGGCCCCGUCCUCCCCGCGGGCGGCCCCGGCCCCGGCCCCGGCCCGCCCCCGUCCCGCCCGCCCGUCCCCGGCCGGGCCAUGGCGGCGGCGGCCGCGCUGUGCCUGGGCCGGGCCCCGCGGCCGCCGCGGCCGCUCGUGGUGAUCCUGGGAGCCACCGGCACCGGGAAGUCGGCGCUGGCGCUGCAGCUCGGGCUGCGCCUCGGCGGCGAGAUCGUCAGCGCCGACUCCAUGCAGGUGUACAAGGGCUUGGACAUCAUCACCAACAAGGUUUCCCCGCAGGAGCAGCGUCUCUGCAGACACCACAUGAUCAGCUUUGUGGAUCCUCUUGUCUCCAACUACACCGUGGUGGAUUUCAGGGACAAAGCCGUGCCUCUGAUUGAAGAUAUCUUUGCCCGGGACAAGAUCCCCAUUGUUGUGGGAGGAACCAACUACUACAUCGAGUCCCUGCUCUGGAAGGUCCUUGUCAACACCAAGGAGAAGCCCAGCAGUGCCCCCAGGCCUGGCAGUGACAGGAAAGUGGAGCUGGAGCAGCUGGACAGCGCUGAGCUGCACCGGCGCCUGAGCCAGGUGGACCCGGAGAUGGCGGCCAAGCUGCACCCCCACGACAAGCGCAAGGUGGCCAGGAGCCUCCAGGUGUUUGAAGAGACAGGGAUCCCCCACAGUGAAAUCUUGCACCAGCAGCAGGAGGAGGAAGGUGGGGGGCCCUUAGGUGGGCCCCUGAAAUACCCACAUUCCUGCAUCUUGUGGCUCCAUGCAGACCAGGCAGCUCUGGAUGCACGGCUGGAGAAGCGGGUGGAUGACAUGGUGGCUGCGGGGCUGCUGGAGGAGCUGCGCGACUUCCACCGCCGCUACAACCAGGAGAAGGUGGCACAGAACCGGCAGGAUUACCAGCACGGCAUCUUCCAGUCCAUUGGCUUCAAGGAAUUCCACGAGUACCUCGUCAGUGAGGGGAGCUGCUCACCCGAGACCAGUGCCCUGCUGCUGGAGAAAGGGAUCCAGGCCCUCAAGCAGGUGACCAAGAGAUACGCCCGGAGGCAGAACAAAUGGGUGCGGAACCGCUUCCUGAAACGUCCUGGGCCCAACGUGCCCCCAGUUUAUGGCUUGGAGGUGUCAGAUCUGCAGAGGUGGGAGGAGGAUGUGCUGAAACCUGCCCUGGAGAUCGUGGAGAGCUUCAUCCAGGGCCGUGAGCCCCCGGCUGAGCCCCUGAGGAUGGAGCAGGACGGGCAGGAGAACAAGCGGAGCCAUCGCGUGUGCCAGCUCUGUGACAGGCUCAUCCUCGGGGACAGAGAGUGGGCAGCUCACACACGGUCCAAAUCCCACCUGCACCACCUGAAGAAGAGGAGGAAGCUGGAGGAGUCCAACCACGCCAGGAGGACCAUGGGGGACAGUGGGGACACAGAGACCUCGGACGAGGAUGGCAGCCUGCCUUUGCCUUAGGCCUGGAAGAGGGAGCAGCUGUGCAUCCACCUGCGUGGAGAGGAAGCUCCUUGGUCCUGGGCAGCCUUGAAGCAAGGAGCUGAGUCAUUUUUUUUUGGGGUGAGGCAGGUGUGUGACUGCAAAGGCCGUCGGAUCCUCUUCAUGUGGCCUCAUCCCGCUGUGUUCCCAUGCUCCCCCAGCCCUGCCUGGAACGGGCUGGGCCCCGGGGCAAGGCUGCUGGGAGCCUCCUCCCAUGCAAAGUGUGAAUUCCUGCCAGAGCUGCAUCCUUGGAGUGGCUGAGCUGCCGGUAUGUGGUUGUGUGGAUCUCAGAGACAGAAAUACAGAAAUACCCUGGCUCCUCCAGCUUGGCCGGGGGUGCAGCUCCAGAGCUGAGCGAGCUCUGCCUGCCUUUAUUGUGGAGAGGAUAUUUUUUUUUGUUGUUCUUUUACAUGCAAAUAAAGUUGCAGGAUUAUUGUGGGUUCCCCUCCCUGUUAACAA